ACACGUAAAAAAAGUACUUCCGGGACACGUCAACAAAGUCGCAGUGCAGGCGGAUGUCAGUCAGCCGUAUCUGCCGUAUUGUAGUAAAAGGCAGUUUCUCUCUAAACCAUGGAGACUUUAUACAGUAUACCCUUUAGUGUGCUGGAAUGCCCGAAUAUAAAACUGAAGAAACCAUCAUGGCUGCACAUGCCGUCGGCUAUGACUGUGUACGCGGUUGUUAUUGUGUCCUACUUUCUCAUCACAGGAGGUAAGUGGAUGCUAAGCUAAUAUCAUUGUAGAGCUUCGUUUAAAGUUAAGAUCCAGUCAUGUUUGGUUGGAAUAGAGUCAGAUAUUGCUGGGUUUGGAUACGAUUACAUACUAGCUUUAUUACGUUAUUGCCAUUGCUAUGAUCAAUAUGUAGGCAGUCUAAUUUUGCAGUGCAGUUAGCACCUGAGACUACUGAAAUGCAUCAUACUGUAGUAUUAUCCAGCAGGGUUAAUCUCUGGAUCACAUUGAGUAUUGAUGGCUAUGUUUUGUAGAUAGAUAGUCCCUCACAGUCUGAUCAAUAUCCACUCUGUUUUGAUUAUAGGUAUCAUCUAUGACGUGAUUGUUGAGCCUCCAAGUGUAGGAUCAAUGACUGAUGAACAUGGACACCAGCGGCCAGUCGCCUUUCUGGCUUACAGGUGAGUCACCCACAACACUGUGAAGAUCUCUUAAAAACUACAGCUAAAGCCAAGAGUUUACUGGAGAUCAAAAUAUCGGGUGUUUAUGUUAAAGUAGUACUUUGAUUGCACUCAUUAUUAAACUUUUCUUUCCAGAGUUAAUGGGCAGUACAUCAUGGAGGGACUGGCUUCCAGUUUCCUCUUCACAAUGGGAGGCCUGGGCUUUAUCAUCCUGGACCGCUCCAACGCGCCAAACAUUCCCAAACUCAACCGCUUCUUGCUGCUCUUUAUUGGGUUUGUUAGCGUUCUCCUCAGCUUCUUCAUGGCCAGAGUGUUCAUGCGCAUGAAACUACCGUAAGUAUCUCCCGUAAGAUUGAGAACCUGUUUUAUUAAAACUCUAAAUGUUUUUUUUUCAGCGUUGUACUGACUUAUUUUGUAUUUGCAGUGGGUACCUGAUGGGCUGAAGACAACACAAGCACGCUUAAGAUAACUUGGAUGGACAGUGGAUGUCACUCUCUGGGGCCAAAUGGGCAGUUCCACUACAUUUAUGGAGAAACCCUACCUUUGAAAUGAUCUACAACCAUUAAGGACUGAAAGCACUGACUUUGAUCGAGAAGUUAGACCUGGCUGCACUGACAGUCUCUCACUGGCUCUGUCUUAAUGGUGUUCAGUGACUUCUUACCCUCCUCUUUCCUCUAAAUAUUCACACAAAGUCAUGUUUUCCCAUAAAAAAAACAACUGAUACUGGACUGAAGUAUGACAGGAAAAAGAAGUUACUGAACACUAUUGGCAUAAAGCUACUUAUUUGGAAUCAAUAUUGGCACUGUAUUUGAAUACUCAAGAAUGGAAUCUGAAAAAUGUUUCAGUUUUACUUUUUUUUGGUAAAGAAAUCCUUAAAAACAUCAAACUGAUCUCAAAUGCAUUUUUGUACACGGAUAUUAAAUAAAUAUUCUUUCCAGAGCUUCUUGCAGUCCAUUUUAUAUAUUUACAAGAUUGUGUGCCAUCAAAACUUGACAAGAUGGGUUUCAUUAAACGACAGAACGCAGUAUAUGAUAACACAGUAAUUAGGGGAUGUGAGUUCUAGUGGAGUACUGCAAUUUACUCUCCAGAAGGGGGCGUUAUAGACUAGGAGUAAUGCCUCCUGUUGAGCACUUAUCAGGAGUGUUCCCUCUAGUAAUGAAUAGACAACAGACAGUUAGAGGGCUGCAAAUCACUCGCAGUUUGACGUCUAUACAUUUAAAUUAAAAAUGGUGAAGAAUAUCCUUACAGUGACCUCAGAGCAGAAGUUGUUAUGGUAAUACUGGUAAAUGCUUCUUUAGUGAAUACCAGAGAUGAUGACGUUACAAUUAAUUUGAUAACAAACAUAUAUAAUGAGUUUUUCAAUGUGCAACUUCAUCCUCCAAUUAUAAUCUUACCAACGCAGAGCUUCAACCUUGCACAUCGACACAAUACAACCUAUUACAUGCAAGACCAGAUGCUGAGCCAGCUGAAAACCCUGAUUGUUGACAUGGGGCAAUUAUUAGCAGCAACUAUUCAACCUGUAUUCUAAAGUCGGGAGGAGGGGAACAAUUUUCUCCUCUCUGAACGGUGAUAAAUCCCUGUUUCCAGCUGUGCGGAGACAAUCAAAUUACAGUGUGCUAAUAUUUUCAACCCGAACAGUGUAAUUUUAGGUUGUGGAUAAGCAGCACAUUUUUCCCUAUGCCUAUUCAAUCAGUAUAGUUUUGUAGUUAAAGGGCAAGUAGAGGAGAAAGACUCCAAGCUAGUUGUGAAGAAGCAGGUACAGCAAAUUACUUUAAAUGCUGUCUGCACUGGCAAAAUUAAAAAUCAUACCACUGUCGCAGUAUACUGAUCUAUUUACCCUUUCAAUCGAACACAUGUAUUUUGAUCUGUUUAGUCUGCACAGAAAAGCACGAGAGCUCCCCCCACUGCUCCCCACUCUCUGCAGUGCCAAAUGCACCCCUGGAGUCCAGUUUGCUAAACCUCUUUAGUCUGCAGACAGCACCACAGACUAACAAUCACAAGCCUGUUCCUGGAUUCUAUUCUUGACACUGAACAUGCACAAAACUGCAGAGAUGUCAGUAAAUGUCAGAAGCCCUCCAAACUCUGCGCAGUAUCAUAACCCUAACAGCCAAAUGUCUGCGGUGGAAAUGUCCAGGCUGCUAAAAUCAACAGUCUCCCAGGAUGUUAAAAUAUGUGUCCAAAAUAGACAGUCAUGAAAAAAAUGAUUCACAGGCGGAUGUACUUAAUGCAUCAGUUCAGAGAGUGCAAUCUGACAGAUGCAGCGGAACCAGUUCCCAGCACUUCAUCUGGUUUGGAUCAGAUAGGAAAAGACUACAAUGGGAAUCAGGACUGCAGACAAAAUAUGUAUUCCAUCUAGGACAUAUGCAUUUACACAACAUAACAAACUUUUCCUUAGAGCAAAUACAUGAAUAGUAUGUACCUGCAGAAAACAAGUUUGGUGAAGUAAACAAAAAAAGAAAUAUUUCAAAAUUACUGUUUCUAUUUAUUCAGUAUUUAUCUCCAACCAUCUUGCUGACCACUGUUGUCCCUGUUUUCAGCUUUGAGUGCAUUUGUCUGUAGUCUCAUCCAAACUCUGUUAAUAAACAUGGGAACACUGGUAAAUAAUUGCAGACUUGUCAAACAGUAUCUGUUUGUUUGGUUAAGGCAGAAGAAGAAAAAAAGAUACUCAGAGUGCUUAUAGUCAGUGCAUUUAUUUCUUUUCUACUUGCAUUUGCUUGAUUCAAGCCAGAAAUCAGGAUCUACACAGUAUGACAUGCUGUUUUUUUUAUUCAAAACCAAUCAAUACACUACAAAAUGUGCAAUAGUCUGUGCAAAUAUUCCACUCUUUCAGCUGCAGUGAGCAUUUUUAAGAAUCACUUAAAACUAUAUUAAUAGGAAUGUAGGCAUAGUUGCAUAUUUCCAAGUAUCUAUGAUAUUUUGCGAGAAUGAUUCCCUGAUAAUCACAGGCAAAUGAAAGUUGGCAUAAAUUAAAAUAGAAGAUAUACAGGUUAUGAAGCGUUAAAUGAAUUUUAGCACCAAAGUACAUCCAUAAUAGACAUGCUGCCGUUGAAUAAGUGGCUUGAGUCCUACAUGUAAUUAAAAAUAUAACCUGAGAUUACACCUCAAUCGUCAUAUGCUGUAUGCAGAAUAUUAGUUAAGAAUAUAAAACCCUUUUUCUCUGUUGGUAUCAUGUUGAGGUCAUAUAUAUUUUUUUAUUUUCCACUUCUUUAUACCUGUACUUCAGCUAUGUUAAAGACAAAGUGUUUUCAUCAUUAUGUCUUGAGGCGUUUGGCUUGUUUGGUUUGUUUGGUUUGUUGAGGAACUCCUUGACUGCUUCCAUUGCUGUGUGCUAACUCGCUGGGAUACUGGUGUCCAUUUUCCUCAGUCGGCAGCUUGAGAUAAAACCAUGAAGAGAUAAAGUUUAAAUGAAAAUGAAUAAAUUUUUUUUGUCCUAUAAUUGCCUUUUUGAAGUAUAUGAUAGCAUCAGAGGUUGGUCUAAAUGUUGAAUUUGAAGCUUGGUGAAAUUACAACACUUAGCAACACACCCAAGUUUUAAAUAUGAAGACACCUACCUUUCUUUUGCUGUUUUCAUUCUCUACAUUCAGCGUGUUGUGCAACGUCAAGCCUAAGGCCACCUCAAGUUCUGCAAGCACAGACACAGUGACAUACAUGACUUGAGGCUUCCAUAACAGACCACAACUGUUUAAAAUAACAGAAAAGCCGUAAAGAUGACAGUCUAUUCAAGCAGCAACAUCACAGAAAACUUCACAGAGUAAAAAAGGGAAUAAUGUUUGGUACCUGUGAGAAUGUUGUCAAUAUGUCCCACAGCCAGAUCUGCGUCCUCUGUAGAAAAGCACAGGGGGGGCUUGAAUUUCAGCACAUUGCGAUGAGGUCCGUCAGCGCUAAGGAGUAUGUGCUGUUCCUUUAGUCUGGGACAAAAAGUAUGAAGAUAAGUAAAACACAUUAUUUCUCUAUGGCAAAGAAGGAAAGCACAGGUGACUGAGAUAAAUAAAAGAUGGCUCUGCAGACACACCUACAUGACUGCCUCCUUAAUUAAUGUAAUUAAUUACACCUGUGCUUUUCUGUGACAAAACAGUCAAAAAGCCUGAUGAAAAAAGGCUUUUUAAGUGACAUUUUUUAAGAAAAACAGACACUUUCUUAUUGUUUUCUUUUAAUCAAAAUUUAAAAAAAAAAUAAUAUCUAAAAUUUGACAAAAUCCAUGAGACUGACACUAUUUUAACCCGGUCAGGCUUUCCAAGCUCAUCUUGUCACUGUUUCAUGACUCCUCCUGGUGGUGGUAAUGCCAUUAACCCUCUGAGGGCAUUUUCGUCACAUGCAUUUCAUUGGAUACGUUACAUAAAUGUGAGAAAAUGAUCAAUUAUUCAGGAUUUUCUGUCCUGUGAUAUUAUCUUUAUCAUAUCCAAUGUAUUGACUGGCUUGAAAAACUGAUUAAUUUCUCAGUAGGUGUAAAAACGUGUCUGUGAACUCUGAUGUAUUUAAAAUACAAAUUUAAAAAACUCCAUAGAUGAAAUAUCACAAAAGGUCACGAGUCAGAGGCUGAAUUUUGCUGUUUUAUCUAAAUAUAAGGCAAAGGAGUGCACACUGUACCAUUUCUUCAUUAUAACAGUAUUGUUACACCAUCAUGUUCCCACCGCAGUAUAACCAGCCAUGUGUUGGAUAUUCGACACUGAUGUAAUCACAGUGUACCAAAGCUAUCACAACACUGCUAGAAGGCUGUGUUUGGAUAAUAACUGGUUUCUAAAGAAACACAAGUUACAGAAGCACGGCUGAAGUUUUCAUAAGAAUGAUUAGGGAUUUGACUGCUGGCUAUGUUGUAUAAUUUAUCUUUGGUCAUUUUUUAAAAUGAUAUCUGAAACUAAUGUGACAUCCUUCACUUACUUAUAUAUGACCUCUUGGGCUUCUGCUGUAGCAGGAGUGAGUUUCAAUCUGUCCUUCACAAGCUCCACUCCAACAAAGAGACCACGACCCCUGCAAGAUGUGGUAUCACUGGGUUAUAUCAUCAUGAACACAUCAAAAACAUUUAUACACACCACUGUUUGUUUUGUCUUAUGUAACAGAAGUUUUGGCAAAGACGGCCUUCAAUAUACUGACUUCUUGCAUCUCCCUCGCUGUGUUAUGUUUGUGCGAGCAAGGUAUGAACUUUGUCUGGCGUAAUCAGAAGUGUCUUGGAUAAGCUUUUCCAUGGGCGGAUAAUCAGCCGUUAUGUCAUACGCUGUACCUGUAAGGGUGUAUGCCAGUGUCUGUGUGUGUGUGUGUGUGUGUGUGUGUUUGCUCACCUGAUAUCACCAACCAGUGGAUGCUUCUCUUUCUGCUUUUCUAGCAGAUUGGUCAGGUAUCGCCCCACACGCAACGCAUUCCCCUGCAGAUCUUCUUUCACAAUCACAUCCAGCACAGCCAGACCGAUGGCACAUGACACUGGGUUACCGCCAAACUGAGAAAUUCAAAACCCACACACAGAGGAAAGAUUACACCCAGGUGAGAUAAACACCAGCCAAUGUGCAAAAUCAGCACCUUUCCCAUCUAUUGAGGACAGAACUGUGCGACAAUUUGCUGCAAGAUGAUGGCGAUUAAAUUUGCCCAUAAAUCCAACUCUUUUUUUCCAGUUUGUGAUCACGGAUGCAAAAUACACCAACCUACUGGAAAUCAUUCAGUAUGAAAGAUGGAACUCUUGCAUUUCUUUCUUUUUCUCAGCUUUUUUUUCACCGGAAAAAUAAGACUUUCAGGGAAACCAAGACCUGAACACACUGAUUUUCUUUUACCUUCAAGGUGGGGUAGGCAGGAUUCCAUUAAAAAAGCAUAUUUUUCUGUGGUGUAUAUACAAAAAAGCUUUUAAUAUCAGUCAAUAGCUAUUAGUUAUUGAUGACAUUCGGUUCUAUAAUGAUAUCGCUGUGUUCUCUUAUAUCUGUGUAGUCAACAUUUUAAAUUUUUUUAGUGGCCCGCUCUUUCUGACUGUAAACAAAGCCGUUCCCCGCCUGGUUGGGAGGGGAAGUGUUUACAUUCAAGAUUUCUCCCAAAAACUGGCACUUCCUGAGACUCUGCCUACCCCACCUUUAAUGUUGAAACCAGCUGUGAUGAAUAAUAUAUCAAGAAUGAGGUCAGAUAAGCUAUAUUUCCAGUGAGACUAUUUGAUGUGAAUUUGCGAUCUAGUUAUAUUUUUGUGUACAAAGUCUCCUUUCAAUCAUCCAUACAUUACAAAGUGCUCUUACUGUAUUGAAAUACUCCAUUCCUGUUUGCAUGAAGGCCUCUGCCACCUCUUUGGUUGUGACCACGCAGGACAUGGGGUGGCCGUUGCCUAUAGGCUUGCCCAUGGUGACGAUGUCAGGUACAAAAUCCUCUCCUUGAAGCUGGAAAGCCCAGAAGUGGGUACCGACGCGUCCAAAACCAACCUGGACCUCAUCAGCAAUAAAAACGCCUCCUGCUUUACGCACAUGUCUGCAAACACAGAUAUAAGGAAGCAUUUUAAGUUAUCUAUGCAGCAAUUUCCAUCUUUUUCUUCGCUUUUACUUAGAAAUUUCCAGAUGAAUCAUGUUGUUGAGGUGAUUCUGAACAGAAAAUAAGAGUUAAAAGUGCCUUUGGACACUUCAAGAGAUUGAACUUGUGCAUUAACUUUGGUACAUACUCUGCAACUUGCUGGUAGUAGCCCGCUGGGGGAAUGACCUGCCCGCCGCAGCUCUGUAAUGACUCAGCAAUAAAAGCCGCUAUCUGCAGGAGAAAAGCAAAUAACAAACAUGGAUCUACAACCAACCACUGAUAAAAAGGAAAAGAGGAAGUGUCAGAAAUGAAAGUUUACAAAGUUCCUGUGGAGAAAAUGUCUUUACUUAAGAAAAUCACUGUCAAACCAGCAGGAUACAGAAUUAUCAUUGAAGAAAUACAACAGUAGAUCAAGUUCCUCUUGUUCGCCCAUCAUUAGUCCAGUCAAACAUACAACACAGCUGUGUUUUAUAGUGCAACCCUGCACUGAAGUCCCAUCUCUCUCCUCUCACUGGAAGGAAGCACAGCCUUGGUUUGAGUUUUGCAACAUAUGAUUGAAGGCCAACAAGCUCGGAGGCCAAGAGUCCCUACACAUGUUCUUGUGAUUAAGGAUUUGACCCUAAAAGCCCGAGUC